AUGAGUGUCACUCAGACCGAUCUAGACGGGAUUUUGCCGCUGAUAGCGCGCGGCAAGGUGCGGGACAUCUACGAGGUGGACGCCGAGACGUUGCUUUUCGUUGCCACAGACAGAAUCUCUGCGUACGACGUGAUCAUGGAGAACGGGAUCGAGGAAAAGGGCAAGAUUCUCACGAGGCUGUCUGUUUUCUGGUUUGAUCUGCUUUCCGAUAUCAUUCCGAACCAUUUGGUGGCCUCAGAGGACAGCGAGAUCUUUGCUCGGCUGCCUGCUCGUCUGUCUGAGCCAAAGUACAAGUCCCAGCUGCAGGAGCGGUCGUUGCUGGUGAAGAAGCACAAACUGGUGCCAUUGGAGGCGAUUGUGCGUGGAUACAUCACCGGCAGUGCCUGGAAGGAGUACAAGAAGUCGGGCACGGUGCACGGACUCAAGACCAAGGCUGGGCUGCAAGAGAGCGAGGCUUUCGAACAGCCGAUCUUCACGCCGUCAACCAAGGCCGACCAGGGCGAGCACGACGAGAACAUCUCGCCGGAACAAGCUGCACAGCUUGUUGGCGCGGAACUGUGCGCACAGGUUGCCGACAAGGCCGUCAAGCUGUACUCGAAGGCCCGGGACUAUGCUCUUUCGCGGGGCAUUGUUCUCGCCGACACCAAGUUCGAGUUUGGCCUAAACGAGAAGAACGAGCUUGUGCUGGUGGAUGAGGUGUUGACUCCGGACUCGUCGCGGUUCUGGGACGCCACCAAGUACAAGGUGGGCCAAUCGCAGGAGUCUUACGACAAGCAGUUCCUGCGUGACUGGCUAACCGCCAACGGACUCAACGGCAAGGACGGCGUUUCCACCACGCCCGAGAUUGCCGCCAAGACCGCAGCCAAGUACAAGGAGGCUUACGAGGCCCUCACCGGCAAACAGUGGCAGUAG